AUGUCACAUGACAUUUAUGGCGACGAUGAAGCUAUGCAAGGCUCAUUUGAACCUAUGUUCCGUCCCCGAACCCAGUCGAAUUUAUCUGUGCCCGGAUCGUCGACAAGGGUUUCACCAUCGAUGGAACAUCCAUUCGACGAUUUUGAGUUCCCAAGCUGGGUGAAUGACGCGACCGCAGCCACAGCCGCAGCUGCGAACGCGGCAGCCAAUAAUCAUUCCGGGAACGGACCCAUCCCUACCGAUAUCCUUGAUCGGACUGACCAGUUUUCUACAGCACUCAGUUAUCGAUUGAUUGAUUUUCGACCACUUCAGAUGCGAAUCGAUUCGUGUCGGAUGAUGAACGGUGUGAAACAAGAACCAAAGUCCGUUAAGACGGAAUCCUCCGUUGGACCACCACCGUCCUACCUCGAAUUGAGCAGUGUUCGUAACCAAUCACAGCUACAGAAUCCAUUGCUGCGGACGCAGUUGGCUUCCGUGAAGUUCCCUAGUGCUGGGUGAGU